AUGUUUCCAGGCGGUUGUAAAAUGGACCCGGCUACAGAAAUGUCUUUGAACAUUGCCGCCGAACUACUUGGAAUGGAAAUGUCAGAACUGAGGAUGGGACUAGUGUCGAGGAUCAUGCAGGCUACAAAAGGAGGUGUCAAAGGCACACUGAUUAGAGUUCCACUAAAACCUUACGAAGCUGCGGCUGGACGAGAUGCUUUGGCUAAAGCUCUUUAUUCGCGGUUAUUCGACUGGCUAGUAGGAAGAAUCAAUAAGUCGAUACCGUUCGAGAAAAGUGUCAGCUAUAUUGGGGUGCUAGAUAUUGCUGGAUUUGAAUUUUUCGAAGUGAACUCAUUUGAGCAGUUUUGCAUCAAUUUCUGCAACGAAAAACUGCAACAUUUCUUCAAUGAGCGAAUUCUGAAGCAGGAACAAGAACUUUACGCCAAAGAAGGGCUGAAUGUGCCACGAAUCGAGUACUCGGAUAAUCAUGACUGCAUCGGUGAGGAGAUUCUUGAACUUUUCGAAAGGAAACCGUCGGGACUGCUGGACUUACUCGACGAAGAAGCUCGUCUACCACGACCAAGUCCUCAACACUACACUUUGGCUGCUUAUGAGGCUAAUAAAGGACAUUUCCGUCUCGAAAGCCCUCGACGAUCCCGUCUUCGUCAACAUCGCGAUUUACGUGAAGAUGAAGCUUUCCUUGUCAGACAUUAUGCUGGUACAGUAUGUUAUGAGACAGGACAAUUCCUCGAGAAAAAUAAUGAUACGCUGCAUAACUCGCUAGAAUUCUUGGUAGAGCAGAGCAGCUUGUUCGAAGGAGCUCAUAUACCAGAGCCUACGCGAGGAAAACGAAGCACCAGUGGUAAAUUACUAGCAGCAAGUGUAGGAGGAAAAUUCCGUAGUCAACUGAUGGUUCUUUUGGAAAAACUAAGGAAUACGGGUACACAUUUUGUGCGUUGUGUGAAACCGAACUCAUCGAUGAGUCCACAAAUUUGCGAUGGUGCAGCUAUUCUGUCGCAACUGAAAUGUGCUGGUAUGGCCAGUGUGCUGAAAUUGAUGCAAAAAGGCUUUCCAUCAAGAACCUCAUUUGCUGAUCUCUACUCUAUGUAUCAACGACAACUGCCACCGGAUUUGGCUCGGCUAGAUCCACGACUUUUUUGUAAGUGCCUUUUCCGUGCUCUUGGUCUCAACAAUAUCGAUUACAAAUUUGGACAAACGAAAGUGUUCUUUAGACCUGGAAAGUUCGCUGAAUUUGAUCAGUUGCUUCGCCAAGAUCCCGAACACAUGCGUAAACUGAUUGAAAAAGUACGAUCAUGGCUACUCAAGGCUCGUUGGCGCAAAGCCCAAUAUGGCGCAUGGAGCGUAAUCAAAUGUGAGCUCGAUUCUCCCUUCCUACACUUUUACGGUCCAGCGACCAUGCUCCGCCUCCAAUAUGUGCUCUACUACCGAUUGCAUUCAAUGCAAAGCAGACGAUAUCCACUAGCUAAUGAACAUGUUUUUCUCCAAAUAGUUCAUUUGCCAAUGGAAAUCUGA